AUGUAUCUGAGCGGCGAAAGACUCGCACAGGCCCUGGACCUCCUCAAUCAGAACCACGUAUUCCUACGACGCAUCUACUACCCAGAAGGCCGCAUCCAACGGAGGCGUGUGCUUUCAGGAAGCUGGAGACAACUCCUCCCGCCGGGCUUGGAGAGGAUCACCAGCCGGCUCACGGACACCUUGCGACCCCAGACCCCCUUUCGAUGGAGCCACAUCACCGCCCACCAGCACCUCCAGCUGGAUGACGGAGUCGAGAGGAUCAUGAGCCGCCAUGUCCAAGACGACCUGCCAUAUAGCACCCAGGCGAGCUAUGGGCUCCCCGGUUGGUUCGAAAAACAUAUCCCCAGCCGACAGCAGCAGAGAUCACCGUCCCGCACACCGAUGACAUCUCGGUACACAGCGGCACGAAACUUCCUGGUGAGGAUCACCGAGCACUACCCAGGUCCUAGCGACAUAGACACGUUGCAGAAAAUGUCCAGCGACAUAGAUAUGUUGCAAAGAAUGUCACACGACAGCGACGAUGAAUCGUCCGACGACAGCGGCUAUGAAUCGCCCGACGACAUCGACGACUAUGAACCUCUCAUUCAACCACCAGGAAGCUGCCCACUAUGCCACACCAUCCGCGAAAUCAACGUCGCCGUCGGCUGGAUGCGCAUCAAGGUGGCGAACAGCCGGGCCAACGAACACGACAUGGCCUCCUUUCUCGAAACAGCGCGCUCCGGGUUCGAAUACUGGUGGGAGGAGCUGCGCAACCGGGUGGGGGCGGACGCGGACGACGGCCGGACCACCACAGCAGACGGCGACGAGGAGGCGGUCACCAACCACAUUCUGGCACACCUCCAGCUGCACUUCACGGAGGGUGCGACGCACACGGAAACUAGGGCUCCGGUGCCGCUCCAGGAGAUGUGGGAAUACUGUAUGCCACUGGAGUGGCAAAAACGCAGACGAGAUCAACGGCGCCGCGGGCCCUAUUGCAACAUCAUGGAGACGGCUCUUGUCGACGAGAUCCUGGACGAGCCGUUUACAACGCCGACGCCGUCGCUCGAGGGGGACGAAUAUGCCCGACGGCUCGAGCGGGUGCUCAGCAUCCAUGGACCGCAUCAGCAUUUCUCCAGAUGA